CCUUGACUCCAUACUAGCCGUAUCGCUUCCUCCUUUUCCACUCCUGAACACCCGAGACGACGACGCGCGACAGACUCCCUGCAAGCCCACCGGAUUUAGUGCGGUGCCCUGCAUACACAGUGGCGACGUCAGUAGGAGAACCUUGGCAGCAUCCGGCAUUAUUUGUCUUACCAUCGAACUGUGUUCCAUCUCCAUUUCCAUUCUGAUUGCCCGAUCAUUAUCCAUCAACAACAAAGUCCAUCUCUUAUCUCCGUGCAUGAUCCAGGCGAGGGGUUUUUGAAUCCCGAAAACACCACAUCCGACAUUAAAAGUUGUCAAUAUCAACAAACACGACAAAGACAGACACCAGUCGACGACUCAUCCGCAGACAUCCGCCACCAUGUCGGCCCGUUACGAGAGGGUCAACGCCCACGCCGAUGAUGAUGACGACCAUCACGACGACACGCCAACACCUACCAACCCUACCUCGAUGACGCGACCAUCGAUCCCCAACUCGCCACCACCAUCCUUCCAUUCUCGCGCAUCCUCCAUCCACAACAGCCAGCGCCCAGUGAAUCCCGACCUUGCCGAUGCCUUUGGCGCCGACGAAGAUGAUGACGACAGCGAUGAUGAUGCCGAUGACCGACAGCGCUUGAUGCGACGGAACUCUUCGCCGACGGAGGCCUCCGGGGCAGCGGGAUCGACUGAAACAACAUCAGGAGGAAGUUCGAGGCCAGGGCCGGAAAGGCAGACAACGCAAUUACCAACCACAUCAUACACGACAACGGCGGGAGGGUCAGCGACGCAAACGUCAGGAAGGGUUUACGGUGGUGGUAUCCAGAAUGAGGGUGUCUUUUCGAACUUGACUGCCAAGCCGGAACGAAAUAAUGGCGCCGAGAAGGAGGAGUUGCCACCUUCCUACGAACAAGCAGCCGCAGACGCCGCUCCCCCAUACUGGGAAACCACCAUUCUCGCUCCCGGCCUCGGCGGACCCGACGACGUUUACAUCGAAGGCAUGCCCGUUGGCUCCAUCGUCUCCUUCAUCUGGAACGGCAUGAUUUCCAUGUCCUUCCAGCUCGUCGGUUUCCUGCUCACCUACCUGCUCCACUCUACUCACGCCGCCAAAAACGGAUCUCGCGCCGGUUUGGGAAUCACGUUGAUCCAGUUUGGCUUCAUGAUGAAGGGUACGCAAGAAUCUGGCGCCGAAGGGGAUGGGUACACGGCCCCACCAGAUCCGAACUCGCACGACUUUGACCCGGGCGCGGUGGACGACAACAGGGGAGGCGACAACUGGGGAUCGGUGGACUCGAGCGAUUGGGUGGCGUACAUCCUCAUGUUGGUGGGCUGGUUCAUUCUCAUCAAGAGCGUUAGUGAUUACAUGAAGGUCAGGAGGCAUGAGAUGCUGGUGCUGCAGAGCCCGGAUAGAGGGUUGGGGAUUCCGAUUAUUGCUACGGGCGAGGCGCCGGAGCGGGUGGUAUAGACGUGGUUGGGGAGAAGCUUGCUUGGGAUUUUGCCACUGGUGUGUGAGGUACGGAUAUGGACAGUCAUUUUAUGGGGAUCAAUGUCUAUGUUUGUCUCGGCAUGUGUUCUGGGACACUCUGUUAAAGGAACGCAAAGCACUACGCGUACAUACGAACGGUCAUCCUACUCUUUUUCUUUGUUUUUUCCCCCUCCUCCUAUACAAGAGCAUUUUAAUGGGCGGACGUGUCUUUCCUUUCUGUUGAUAUACUGCAUUGAUGACUAGUUCUUGGGUGUUGUGCUUGAGCUAGACCACGGUUUGUUGGGCGAAGAAGACGAAGAAAAAACGAUGUUCAGCGGUUCACGGAAUAUCUUUAUCGUCUACACUGUCCAAACUGGAAGCUCUGCUAUCAAUCCAAGCCUGAUAAGAUGAUAAUCAACGGGUUGACGUUUAGCGA